GGCACAGAGUGGAACCACACAACGCAUGAGUCACUCGGCGCGACGGGCCUUUACUUCCGAAUCAUCAAGUCAUAUUUAUAAGGCCGGCCGGCCCGUGAUCGUGAAUUCAUUUCUUCGCCGUCGAGACAUCAACUUAAGUCGAUUUACUGCUCGAUCAAUAUUUGCUGCUUUUUUAAAAACUUCUUGGAGGGUUAAAGUAAUCAUUCCAACAGCAGAUGCCGACACAGGCUGCUCCCGCGAUCAGAUUAACCAUGUCUGAUCACAGCAGCACCACUACAACUCUACCGGUGCCCCAACGGCCACCGACGGUAACCCUGUCUACGGACCACGAGUCUUGCUCCCCGACCCACCCUAAGACCAAGAGGAAUCUCCUGUCUACUUUGAAGAACUCCCCGUCCAUGUUGAGGCGGCGGAUGAAGCCCCCUCAUCUCAACAGCACUCGGAAUUCUUGGGACAAUCCGGAUUCUACUUUGUCAUCAUCGUCACCCGUUACAUCAGGAUCGUCGUUCACCGCCAAGGAGUUCCAUGUGAAGUAUCAGGGUCGGGUGCGGGUGACCACGCUGCAGGUGAGCGAAGCGGUCAACGCGGUCAAGAAACUCGCCCCGGAGCUGACGGCAACACACUCGCCUGCCUCAUCAACAGAGGAUCUCUUGAAUGUCUCGCCCUCAACAUCUUUAUCAUCUCUGGCAUCACCGACCACCACGCUACCCCGGGCCUCCUCACCGUCUAGCCCGGCCAUGCCCAAGUCUCCCCGCUCGGCCAAGUCUCCCAAAUCACUCAACAAAUCCUGCUGCCUGAGCAUCUCCAAGCAGUGCGUCUGCAUCGACGAUGAGGAGCGGCUUGUAAACGAAACCAUCCCCAUAGCCACGGUAGCCUACUGCGCUACGGACCUGCGCUACCCUCGUGCCGUGUCCCUCAUCUGUAAGACCCACAGUAGCGUCUUGAUGUGCCACGUCUUCAUCUGCACUUCCCGGGAAAAGUCUGAGAAGAUCGUAGCCUUCAUCGGCAAGGCCUUCGAGUCGGCCUGGCAGGACUUUAAAAGCGUGCACGACCCGGCCACUCAUGGGGGACUCGGACAAAAUCUCACCAACAAUAACUACGAGUAUUUUAUCCGUGGGCGGUCGAGAUCCCAAGACAUCACCGGAACAGGACGGGGUGGCAGCCCCGGUAAUACCACUCCGGACAGGCACUCAGCUUACGAGAUCAGGAACGAUGAUUUCUCCUCCAGCCCCGAUGAUGAUUAGUACAUAGCACCACAUUAAAAACCAACAAAGAAAUGGAGAUUAUUCUCCCUCUUCGGUUCUCUCCGAUGUUUGACGCAACAUGCGCCGUUCCCCCGGCUCCGACCGAGACGUCUAUCAGUCAACACGGGGGACGAUGACGGCCGACGCGCCCGCAGCUACGCGCUCCUCGCGGGACCAAGCCCAAUCUGUCAAGUGCUGUGCUGGAGAGAUAUAUGGAGCAAAGUGACAUGUUUCACUGAGCCGGCCAGGGCAAGUCGUGAAAGAGCAAAAUGGUCGCUCAGCCUUUUCUUGGAGAUCCCAGCUUUUGGCUGAACUUUUGAGAAUCUUGUGACUAGUGAGGCAUCAAGGAUAAUACAAGUUAAAGCCGUUUUAAAAUUCCAUGACUAAAAGUCAGUAUUUCAUUUAGGGGUGAUAUAUUUACACAAAAUAAAUUUAAGGGACCAACGGACCGUGCUGUAAAUCUUGCAUCAAUUUUAUUAAUGUGCGAUUCCUGUUUAGCGCAUCCGUCUUUAACUUAUUUUUCAUUUAUAUUUUAGAAGAGUAAGGCCUGAAGCUUAAGGGAAAAUUGUUUCUUUUCAAUGGAAAUACUUUAGCAGACUACACAAUUCGGUUAAACAUAUUGAAAACCAUCAGAGAAACAUAAUUAUUAUAAGAUGGAAUUUUGCACAAUUAGACACGAAGUAUACAGCGAAGAACCUGGUGCCUUGCCCAAGCUUCUCGAGUAACGUCGCCAGUGCGUGUCAUCUGGCACUAAAUUAAAACUCGAUAAAUCAGUGAGGCUGGGUACUAGACAACCUCGAUUUCCAAUCAGUUUUCAGACAGAAAAGACUUUAUUGCUGUGUUUUUCGCAAGAUGUUUUAAAGGGAGGCUUGAGCAAUAUGUAGAAAUCAAAAUCUAUAUUCCCUUUACCAUCCUGAAAAUGCAUAUCUGUUUAAAUCAUAUCGAGCCUUCGGGAAUCAAGUUGCACCCUCCAAAUUUCCCGUAGAAGAAUCAGUUAUCACCCUUAAUUAUCUUCAAUUUGUCAGCCUGGAGCCAUAUUAAUGGCGCAACAUUGUCUCAGAAACACAUCAUUCCUAAAAUUAAUGAUGACAGUUUGUCGUCAGGGUGAUGCCACUGUCAUUCGGAUUCACACAAUAUUGUUUGUUUAUAGUGGGCCACUUUGGUGUCUGCACUCUCUGCUCUGUGUUCAUAUUUUCUGGGGCACGACACAUCGUUGUUUUUGUUUGCCCUGUCCAAAUUUGGUGACUAAUCCUGAUGAGUGAUGACGAUAUCACUCGCUCAGAUCACGAUGUUUUCUCGGUGAAGGAAUUUUCCGUUCCGUCAGAGACUCCAGAAAAUUGUUUGUGAUAAAAAAGCAAGGCCACGGCAGCAAAGAUGUCGCGUGACCAACAUUCGCAGGUGACUUUUUGCUUUGUAAACCGAUUUUGCUGGGCGAGAUUUUCGGCUCAGCUGGUCCAUUACAUUAUAGGCGUUUGUCACAUAAAAGUGACAAAACAGACUCUAUGCCAGCAUUGAGAAUACAGUAUCCACGGCAACAGAACCAAUCAGAAUGAUGAGACAACCUCGUCCCCAUGGCGUUGACCAGUUGGCAGCUACUGCGGACAAAUAGAAUUGAAGUAUGACUGGGUACGAGUACGAGGUUGUCAUGUGACGUCAUGUGAUCAUGAAAGUGGAAAAUUGCAGUAAAAUAAAAAUCACUUGUGUGUAUAGGUUUAUGAAAUCAAGUGAAUCUUACAAACGAGUGACCCGUUACUUAAAAACUGUCCUCCUCUGUGUUUUUGUGUGUGGAAAGAUACUUAUUUAAUAUUCUUUCUUCAGUAUAAUUUUUGAUUGGAAAGUUAUCUAACCACCUUUCCGAGUCCUUGUGCACUGAGGAAGGUGGUGUGAUUACGCGAGUAACAAGGAUUUCCGGCUACAGGGUUUUCCAUUAAGUGCCAGUCAUCAUGUUUUGAAGUCUGUUUUUUUCUUUUGGAAAAAAUAUUUUAUCACAAUGUCAACCAUUUGGAUAUGAUCCUUACCGACAUAUUGUGAAAAAUUGCAAGGAAAUGCACCAUGAACUUUAAUCUUACUUUUACGACAUUCUCAGAAUGACAUACAUAAUUAGGGUUUUCUCGUAUACAAGGGACUUUAAACAUAAUUUUCUCAAAGGACAUUUUUGAAGAAUAGACAUACCUAUAAACAAGUGAGGUGUUUUUGUUCUUCAAAAUGUGUUUUGCUGCUUUUAUUGUUAUCCGUAAAAGUAAUAAACUUUAUCUGGUCUCGCUUUCAAGUUGGACUCAUAAUUUGAUUCUACUCCACAAUUGUUCAAUUUUAAACAUUGUAACUUUAAGUUUACUCAGUAAAAUAAGUUAUUGUUUUUAGUUUGAAGCAUGUAAAACUUGCCUCGGCAUUAUUAAGUUGUGUGUGUAAAUAUCUGUACAUUUGAAGGCAACGUCAGCCCCUCAUUUAUAGGACCGCAACUCCUGUGUAUAUAUCGAAUGUAAACAUUGACUAUUUUUGUAUUCUUCUUCUGGUUUUGCUUUAACUUAUUAAUGCAUUAGGGUGCUUGUACUUUUUUUACGAAGACUUAGCACGCUGUGUAUAAAUAGAUUAUACCUAGAUAUUAAAAGAGUCGAAGAAACAAA